AUGCAAAGACCUCUCUCUGACGAAGAGCGGGCGGCAAAAGAGGCCCGUCUGGCUCAGCUUCGUAGCCAACUGAACACGCAGGACAGCGCCUCUUCCGCAGCGGCAGCGGCAAUGUCCCAGCCAUACACCACCGCGUACGCCCACAACGGUGCGCGUGAUGGUGAUGAGGAAGAUGGGUACGAGGAUGAAGAAGAAGAUGAAUUCUUCCGGGAGGCGGACCGGGCAGAAGAGGAGGGUGCAGCUGGCGUCUGCAUGUACGCCAAGCCAAUGGGAGAAUUGAUGGGUGAGACGGUGGAGACGGGGCCAAACGCCAGGCGGUGCACCGUGGGCGACUUUGAACUGCUUCGCCUAGCAAAGAUGGGGGAUCUUAUCUCCUUUAAGGAAUUUGCGGCUGUUGUCGGCAUCAACCCCACCGUUUUUCAGGAUAACCACGGACGCAACGCCCUGCAUUAUGCGGCGGACAGCGGGAAUGUCUCGAUGCUUCAGUACCUCAUACAGAAAGGGGUGCCCUUUACAAGGGAUGAGAAGAAAAUGACGCCUGUCGACAUCGCCGUACUGAAUCAGCACAACGAAGUUGCAAAACUGUUGGCUGAAACAUUUUCUGAGGCGGCUGAGGCGUUGAAGAGCUACGAGGAGGCCGUCGAGGUCUUCACACAGCCCCCGCCGAAGUUUACGAUGUCGAAGCCUGCUCCGCCUCCUCUGCAGGAGUCUCGUCCGCGCACCUUCUGGAAAAAUCAGGGGUCUCACGCCACCGCCACGCCUGCAACGACAGAUGUCUUUGCGAUUCCCUUUAAGGUCUCGCAGCUUACGGGGGCACACCACGAUCAGAUUGUGCGUGCUCUGAGUGGUGUGAGCCUAACACGCGAGAGCUACGGGUUUCAGAAUUGGCUUCCACCAGCGGAGAUUAAGACGCUUACCGCCACUCUCCCCCACGCCACGAUGGUUGGUGCGAUGCAAGUCGUCGACGGCGAGGAAACUCUCCGCGGUGUGGUUGUAGCAGUGCCAUUGGGGGGAUCCCUUGUGGGAAAGAAUGGCAUUGUUAAGACCCAGGAUCCUGUGCUGGUAACGCAGCUAGCCGUCUGUCCCACAGCUCGUACAAAAAACGUCGCCACAUUAAUGAUGACGAAGCUGCACAAUUUACUUCAAGCCUCUAAACAUACGACUGUGGUGUUCCGCAGCCCACUGCAACUGCCCGUAUCUGCCGUUGGUCUCGUGAAGUGGUCUCAGCGCUCAAUUGCGCCAGGUAGCGUUAUGCGGCAGCGUCAUGCAACAGAAAUUUUCCCAGAUUUUUACCACUACGAUGAAGUUCUUUGCGCUGACAUCGUUGCUAAACACGCACUGACAAAAUCUUUUUGUGCCCAAAAGGCAUCCCACCGUGAGGGCUGGUGUGGCGUGGAUCGUGGCAACCCUGAGCAGGUGAAGCUGUUGCAUGAGUUUGUUGCUAAAAACACGGUCAACUUGUUUGAUGUUGCGUACCUGCCUGAAACAACUGAGGACCUCCUGCGGGCCGUCGUUGCCGAUGGUCUUUCCGCCUUUGUGUAUGUGUCGCCUGCGAGCGGGGCAAUCACGGAUUUUGUUGUUUUGCGCCUCCGCAAUCUAGAGCGGCACACAGGGGAGACCCGUGGCGCUGCGAUGUGUGUGUACGCUAUUUUCACUUCCUUCAAGGGACCCGAGAAGGCGGAGGAGGUGCUUGUCCUGUGCAAGUCGCUAAAGUGCGAUACAGUGUUUAUUCCGAAUAUGUUUGGCUUCCUUGACAGCGAGUUGAGCAAGGCCAACUUUGAGGAGGUGCUUGUCUGCCGCGAGUACCUCUACGUCCUGAAGGCAGUGACGGAGAGUGCGCUGCCGCCAACACCCCUUUCAAAGGUUGCCAUCCCGUGCGCCUUCAUUUAG